GUACAAUCAUCUGCACACAUACCUUGAAGUUUUCCCGUUCAUUUAGAAAUUGCCCCACCGAUCGCCACCUACCGAGGAACGAGGCUGACUGAGAAGUCGCCAUGCAGGACCACCAUUCCCCGCCAACGACUGCGGCGAUUGCCCUUGCCUGCGCUUUGAUUGCAGGCGUGACUGGAUACUUCCUUGGACAAGCGAAGUCAAUCGGUUUCUUCGGAGGCAGUGCAAUCUCCCCGCCAUCUACAAGUAACGGGAAGCAGGCCGAGGACUCAGAAGAAUCUAGUGACGAGGAUGAUGAGGCGGCGCUCAGUGACUUUGCAGGGUCCACCGAGGAGUGCAAGCUUGUCCUUGUUGUCCGAACAGACUUGGGCAUGACGAAAGGCAAAAUCGGAGCACAAUGUGGCCAUGCGACCCUCGCUUGUUACAAGUCUUUCCUCCGUACUUCGCCCAACUCCCCAAUUCUCAAGCGUUGGGAACGAUCCGGACAGAUGAAGGUGGCUCUACAAGUGAAGAGUGAGGAGGAGCUGGAGAUGUUGCAGGCGCAGGCGUUGAGCUUAGGAUUGUGUGCAUGUAUCAUUCAUGAUGCAGGCCGAACACAGAUUGCCAGUGGGAGUGCAACUGUGCUGGGAAUUGGACCGGCGCCGAAAAGCAUUGUAGAUCAAGUUACAGGGACACUGAAGCUUCUGUGAGAGAGCUAGCAAUGACGACAGAAAGAAAAGCACAGAGCUG